AUCUCGUGGACCUCGUAUUUUGAGACUAAUAAAACUCCACAAAAUUCUAAAAACCCUUAGAACAGAAAGGGUCCAAUCAACUCUACUGUCACUCUUUCCAGUUGCCACCCACCAAGAUCUCUCCUCUGUUUUUUCAAUUUUUUUUUUUCUCUCUCAUUCCUUCGCUGCAUAUCAAUUCUUCUCACCAUUUUAGCAUCAGGGCCAUCAUAAAUUUUUUUUUUGAAGGGAGCAUUUUAUGUGUUUUUGAUGUUUGAAUGAUUUUUUGAUUUCUUUUUUCAUGGCACAUUCCACACGUGACUUUGGGUGAAGGGGGGUUUGAGAUCUUUAUUUGGAAAGUUGUUUCUCUUUCUUCUUUCUUUUUGGCAUAAAGUCAGUAUCUAAUGAAUACUGAAACUCUGUUUUUGAUUUGAUGAUCACAUUAUUUGUCCAAGGAGGAAUCUUUUUUAUUAAUUGGUAAAAUUGUUAAUUAAAUCGAAAAAAACCAAAGUAAAGGAAGAAUCUUUAGUUGAUCAUAUUGAGGUUUAGAAUCUGGGUUUUGCUUUGUAAGUGGGGUUUUUGGUGUGGCAAUGGAUUCCUGCUGUGCCACCACCAUGCAGGCGGCGAAUAAUCCCCAUCCAAUGCAGAUUGGCACAAGGGUUUUUGGCCAUGGAGAGAAAAGAUUCCCUGCAGAGAAUUUCACCAAGGGAUUUAUCAAGAACAAACCUUUUCUGGGCACCAAAUUGUGUAAGAGUUUGAGAAAUGCAGGCAGGGCCAAGAAGAUCAAGCCUGGGGUGGCUUUCUCUGUUUUCACCCAAGACAUAAACGAAGAGAUAAUGACAUUUGAAGUACCUAGUUUUGAAGAGAUCACACCAGUGGAUCCUAAAACUGUUGCUUCAAUCAUCCUGGGUGGAGGUGCCGGGACUCGUCUGUUUCCGCUUACCAGCAAAAGGGCCAAACCUGCUGUGCCAAUUGGAGGUUGUUACAGGCUUAUUGAUGUUCCCAUGAGCAACUGCAUCAAUAGUGGCAUUCGCAAGAUCUUUAUAUUGACUCAGUUUAACUCCUUUUCCCUCAAUCGUCAUCUUGCUCGAACCUACAAUCUUGGAAAUGGUGUGAAUUUCGGGGACGGAUUUGUGGAGGUUCUUGCUGCCACACAGACACCAGGGGAAGCUGGAAAGAAGUGGUUCCAAGGAACUGCAGAUGCUGUUCGGCAAUUUACAUGGGUAUUUGAGGAUGCGAAGAACAAAAAUGUUGAACACAUAGUUAUCUUAUCCGGGGAUCAUUUAUACAGAAUGGAGUACAUGGACUUGGUUCAGAGGCAUGUUGACACAAAUGCGGAUAUCACAGUUUCAUGUGUACCCAUGGACGAUAGUCGAGCCUCAGAUUAUGGGUUGAUGAAAAUUGAUGAAACAGGACGUAUCACCCAAUUCAGUGAGAAACCAAAAGGCCCUGCAUUGAAAGCUAUGCAAGUAAACACCUCUCUUCUCGGGCUUUCUGAGAAAGAGGCAGCAAAGUGUCCCUACAUUGCUUCCAUGGGGGUUUACGUUUUCAGAACUGAUGUUCUACUUGAGCUUCUGAAGUGGAAAUAUCCUUCAUGCAAUGACUUUGGCUCUGAGAUCAUUCCCUCAGCUGUGAAAGAUCACAAUGUUCAGGCAUACCUGUUCACUGAUUACUGGGAGGACAUUGGAACUAUUAAGUCUUUCUUCGAUUCCAACUUGGCCCUUGCAGAACAGAAUUCAAAGUUCGACUUUAAUGACCCAAAGAAUCCUUUCUACACCUCCCCCAGAUUCUUGCCACCUACAAAAGUUGAAAAAUGCAGGAUCGUGGAUGCCAUAAUUUCACAUGGUUGCUUUCUGCGAGAGUGUAGCGUACAGCACUCCAUUGUGGGUAUAAGAUCCCGCUUAGACUUUGGCGUGGAGCUGAUUGAUACUAUGAUGAUGGGUGCAGAUUAUUAUCAGACCGAAUCUGAAAUUGCAUCUUUAUUGGCCGAGGGGAAGGUUCCCAUUGGUGUGGGUCAAAACACCAAAAUAAGAAACUGCAUUAUUGACAAGAAUGCCAAGAUAGGAAAAGACGUGGUUAUUGCAAAUAAGGACGGAGUUGAAGAAGCAGACAGAUCAGAAGAAGGAUUUUACAUAAGAUCUGGCAUCACCGUCAUUCUGAAAAAUGCAACGAUUAAAGAUGGGACUGUCAUAUGAUUUCUUCAUUGCCAAAGACUGUGACGGUUGAAAGUCAAAGAUCGUGAUUAAUGUGGUAGUAGGAACUCAGGAGGAUAACCACCCUGUAUAAAUGAAACUUGAUCUUCCUUGUGUAGUUUAGAAAAUUUUCAAUAAGGGGAUAAACCAUGUAGUUUUCUGGAAUGAUGCAUGUUGUGCAAUGUUCUUGAGAACACGGAUCAAGAAUUUUCUCCAACAUUUUGUUUUGUCAGAUGAAUCAUUAUAUCAACACGGUUGCUAAUGGGGCAUCCUUUUCAUUUCACUAA